UCGACAUCACGAUAAGAUUACGACGGAUUGCUACAAGUUCCAGAAAGCAAUGUGGUAUGUGUAUGUGUGAACGAUAUUAGUGCCAAAUAAAACAUUCGAUAAAAAUGUUGAAGCAAAAAUGAAAGGAUAUCCGCUUAAAAAAUAGUGAAACCUCGCCGCCGUGUUCCCUGAGUGAUUUUCAAUCUAGUCAAAUUAAAAAGUUAAAAUACAAGUGAAUAUUCGUUGAAUAUUCGUCAAUAAAUAUGUUCAUGUGUUUAAAUCCGAAACAUCCGGAUGAUGUGGAAGCAGAAUCCCAUUCGAAAAAGAUUGAUGAGCAACUCAAAAAGGAUUUUAAAGCGUAUUCGACGAAAAUUAAAUUGCUUUUACUUGGAACCGGGGAAUCGGGUAAAACGACGAUUAUCAAACAGAUGAAGAUUUUGCAUAUUAACGGUUUUUCCGAGGACGAGAAAAAGGAAAAAAUUCCAGAUAUUUGGCAAAAUAUACACGAAUCGAUUUAUUCUAUUGUGAAUAAUUUGAUUCGGAUUGAACCGCCAUUGGAAAUUAAAAGUGAGGAUGUGAAAAAAUCUGAAGAGUUUAUUUUGAAUAUUGGGCCGAAUACACCUGAAACAUUUACAGAUGAAUAUUGUGAUCAUGUAAAGAAAUUAUGGUUAAAUGAAACUAUUCAAGCAGCAUAUUCUCGUUCGAAUGAGUAUCAAUUAAUUGAUAGCGCCAAACAUUUUUUAGAUAAAUUGGAUACAAUUAGAAAAAAGGAUUAUAUUCCUGAUAUCCAAGAUAUAUUAUACUGUCGAAAAGAAACUGUUUCCAUCACUCAUAUAGAUUUUACUAUGCAAGUACCACGACAAUGGGGAGGGGGUCAAGCGAAUUUUUCCAUGUUUGAUGUUGGUGGGCAAAGAGGACAUAGAAGAAAAUGGAUAUCGGUUUUCGAAGGAAUUCGAGCAAUUUUAUUUUUAAUAGCCAGCAGUGAUUUUGAUCAAACUUUAAGAGAAGAUGAGAAUAAGAAUCGCUUAGAGGAAGCUUUUACUACUUUUGAACAAAUAUAUUGGUCGAGAUACGUUUGCGAUGCUGGAAUAAUCGUGUUCUUCAACAAACAGGAUAUUUUAAAGAAAAAAAUUGAAGAUGGAAAGAAAUUAGAAAAUUAUUUUCCCGAGUUUCGAAACUAUCAAAUUUCGUCUAAAUAUGGAAAACCAAAUAAUGAAUAUGAAAGAGCGAAAUAUUUUAUUCACGAACAAAUCGUGAAUAUCACCAAGAAGACUAGAAACACAGAUGAAGUCAAAUACGUUCUCCCUGGAGUUAGUGGACAUGUGAAAACAGAAAGCCGCCCAUUUUAUACACACUUCACAAUCGCAACUGAUACAAAUAACAUCAAACUGGUGUUUGAAGACGUUCGGGAUUUAAUUUUGAAUAUAAACACAAAAAACAUUAUUCUAUAAAUUU